AUGGGACUGUACUACGCUAGAGAUGAGCGCAUCCUGGCUGGUCCUGGCUGCCUCUACGGAGAAGAGAACGGGCUCACUAUUUGUUACUGGUGUUGGACUUUCCGCGAACCAGACCAGGCGGCCAAGACGCAGGAAAACUCCUAUUCGGGAUAUCGAGUGCGCUUCCGCCAGCGACGCCAAGCAGUCGGGCCCUCGAGUGGCUUGGUCCACUUAUCACUGGUUGCAUUGCUGUGCCGCUUCGCUUCGUUCAGCUGGUGGGCACAAUGCAAAAGCACCUCGCCCACGCACCAAGAGACUCCGACAUACUACAAUAGUAGUUGGACCCACGACGUUACAUUUACAUUUACACUACCUACAAUGUUCCGGCGGUGUUUGCCGCAGCGAGGCGAGUGCGGGAGGCACCGUCAAAACGGCGCCGAAGGAGCACGUAAUGUUUGUUGGUGGAAAACGUUCGCGUUGAUGGCUCAAGAAGGACAUGAUCGAAGCAUCCUGGACGUGACGCCCUCUCCCAAGACUCCCAAGACCCCCAAGCUUUCCAAGCCCGCCGCCCAAGACUUGCACGACAUCCCCCCAAGUCUUCCAAGACGUCCAAGACCUGCCAUUAAGAAGGAUAAGAGAAUCAAGAGAUCUUGCCCGAAAGCUUAA